GGGGGAAUUUCGGAGGUGAUUUGUGUGCAGUGUUCUCGUAUGCGAUGUGACUGUCCAUUUACAGGCAUUCUAUUUCUGAUAUGAGGUCAGUGUGUGAAAGUUAUUACAGCCAAGAAAAUGUGCUCGUGGAGAGCUUUGAGUGUCCCAAUGCAGGCAGUGGAUCCACAGCGCUUUUCUGCUGCGGAUUCACAGAUUUAAAGUACUGCUGUGAUGAUCCCAACAGUUUUUUCUCCUACGAGUAUGGAUACAUGUGGUGGCUGAGUGUUGGAGCGUUCGUGGGCCUCUCGGUAGCUGCCGUUGGUCUAUUUGCAUUUCUUGUUACACUCUGUGUCCUCUGCAAUCUGUUUGUUACCACAAAACCCAGAGGUUUGGACAAUGGGCUACCCCUCCAAGUAACAGAGUCCAGUCCCCAAGGGCCGGAGUGGAGUCAAGCCAGUGCCCCCACUGGGCCACAAGGCCUCAGGAAACACUUUGCAAGGGGCAGGCUGGAUUGUGACAACAAGCCACCGGAUCCCCAUCGCCUUUUCCAACGUUGUUUUGUAGCUCCUGCGACAUCCAUCAGUGUGGAGGAUCAUGUGUAGGCUGGCAGACAUUUUAAUUGAAACUACAGGACUGAUGAGGGUAUUUGAUUCCAGAACAAAACUGUGAAAAUAACAUGUAAAGUGUAAACCCACAAAUAAAAA